AUGGCCCGGACACCUCUGACAUGGCUCAUCACCGGCUGCUCAUCCGGGUUUGGACUAGCUCUCAUAAAACUGGCGGAAAAACAAGGGCACACUAUAAUCGCUACUUCGCACAAACCCCAAAAAACGCCGGACCUACUUCCGCUCGAUGUUAACGACUUGAACUCGGGAGACCUAAUUAUGGACCUCGAGAAAGCUAAUACUCUAAUCGAUAUACUAUCUAUUUAUAGCCCGAUAGAUACGGUAUUCUUUAGGCCCUACCGAUUAAUAAGGAGGAAUAGCGGUAUUAUCGUUAAUAUUAGCUCUGGGGCUAGGUUAGAGGGGAGAGAGUCGAUAGGCGUUUAUAUAGCUACGAAAGCUAUAAUAGAUAGAAUUAAUAAAGUCCUUGUAAAAGAAAUGGCUCCGUUUAGUAUCUGCGUUUUAAUAGUUACGCUCGGAUCGUUUAAUAUAAAUAUAGGGCUGACGGUUAGGUUAGCGAGUAAGCCUAUGCUUUCGGAUUAUGACGAUAUAAUUUUUAAGGUUAUAGCUACAUCGGUAAUAGAGGGAUUUCCUGCCGAUAGGGAUCAUGUUAAGGUAGCUAAGGUAAAAUAUAAAGUCGUUACCGGCAUAGGAGUAGGUGAGGGUAAGGAGAGUGAGAGGAUGCUUCCCUUGGGAAGGGAUAUGGCGAAGAGAGUUGAUGAUGUCGUUGGAGGGUGGCAGAGGACCAUGGAAGUAUUCGGAGACGUAUGUAAUAACGUGUACCUGGAAAAGUAA